AUGCAGAAUGUGACAAAACCAUCUGCUGUGUUACAAAUCUGUGAAACAACUUCGCUGAAGCAGAUGGGGAAAAGGGGAAAAGAUUAUCCAAACACAUAUAUUUUCUUAUUCCAUCAGCAGAGAGGGUCUAGAAACAAUGACACUUCAGUAGCAGCAAGAACUUCCAGCACUCAAAUAUUGGUUUCUUACACUACUCUACAAUCAAAUGAAGCAGGGCUCCUUGGAGAAAUGACUCAUUCUAGGUCUGAAACAAGAAAUGUAAAAGAUAAUCCUGGAGCAUCUUACAGUGGCAGAGAGACAUUGGUGAAGUAUUUCCUGGGCCACAGCGUGCUCCGGAGUUCCCGGGACCAAGUGUUCGCUGCCUUCUGGCAACGGUACCCAAAUCCCUAUAGCACGCAUAUCUUGACAGACGACACAGUGCACCGGGAGGUGACCCCUGACCAGAAGCUCCUGUCCCAGAGACUCCUGACCAAGACCAACAGGAUGCCCCGCUGGGCCCAGCGACUAUUUCCUGCCAAUGCUGCUCACUCGGUGUACAUUCUGGAGGAUUCUAUUGUGGACCCACAGAACCAGACCAUGACCACCUUCACUUGGAACAUCAACCACGCCCGGUUGACGGUGGUGGAGGAACGAUGUGUUUACUGUGUGAACUCUGAUAACAGCGGCUGGGCCGAAAUCCACCGGGAAGCUUGGGUCUCCUCUUCUGGCGUCUCCAGAGCUGUCCAGGAAUUUGGUCUCCCCCGGUUCAAAAGCAAUGUGACCAAGUCAGUGAAGGGUUCUGAAUGCAUCCUGAAGGAGCUGCAAGGUGAGGCCCCUUCCAAAACCCUUGUUGAGACAGCCAAGGAAGCCAAGGAGAAGGCAAAGGAGACGGCACUGGCAGCUACAGAGAAGGCCAAGGACCUUGCCAACAAGGCAGCCACCAAGAAGCAGCAGCAGCAAGUUUGCAUACUUCACAUGAAUGACCUCACCCAAUCCAUCCAACUCUAUAAGGUGGCUGUUGUCAUUAUCAUCAUCAUCAUCAUCAUCAUCAUUAUUAUUAACGCCAUGUUACAUUUGAGGAAGUUGAUUAAUAGAGAAGCUUCUUGA